UUGAAAGCCAUGUUGGUCAGUAAGUCAGCCAUUUCCGGUGGCAGUCGAUAAAUCUCCGGCGAACCUUGGCCACUAUGCUCUUUCAAGUGGAGAAAGCAUAGGAUAUUUUAGAAUGUGCUGUCGAGAAUCAGUACGAACCACAUCAAUCCAAUUCCUUUUUUCUUCCAUAAAUAAUGUCAUCAUCCUCUUCCUUUCAACACUCACAGCAAUCUCUUCUUCUUCAUCAUCAUCAUUCGCUCUCUCACACUCUGCUUCAAACAGAGUAUACCAAUAUGGUCAAAUUCUCCAAGCAAUUUGAAGGACAAUUGAUCCCUGAAUGGAAACAUGCUUUUGUUGAUUAUUGGCAACUAAAAAAAGACCUCAAGAAACUCUAUCUUCUUAAAAAUGAUAACAAUCCCGCUACUGCCUCCGUCGCCGCCACCACCGCAGCAACUACCUUCUGUUCUUCUAUAAAGAAACUCUCUAUAUUUUGUCACCAACGUAGAGAUCAUGGACCUAUUCAUGUCCAUAAGAAGCUUGCUUCCUCUGCUAGCAAGGGAGACAUGUAUGAAACAGAGUUGUUGGAUCAAUUUGCUGAUACAACUGCAGCAAAGGAAUUCUUUUCUUGUCUUGAUAUUCAGCUAAACAAGGUGAAUCAAUUCUUCAAGACAAAGGAGACUGAAUUCAUGGAGAGAGGAGACAGCUUGAAGAAACAGUUGGAGAUUCUCAUUGAUUUGAAAUUGGCCAUACAGCACCGGCGUCAGACCGGCGAUAUUGCGCCGGAUUCUAAGGAGGAUGGUUCCAUUUCUUACACAAUUUCUUGUGAGGAGUCUGUUAAGGACACAACAGGGCAAGAACAGUCCCAAGAGAACAUCAAUGAUGAAUUGGAGAAGACAGAUUUGGCAUUUUCAGACUCACCAAGAUCAGAAGAAAUGGGAAACUCAACAAGAACUAAAAGCUUGGAUAAAAAAUGGAGAUCAUUCUCGGGACGAGUUAUCAGUUUUCAGGGGAAGAACAUAAAAAUGAACAUUCCUUUGACAACCCCAUCUCGUACAUUCUCAGCUAUAAGCCAUUUAUUUAGGGAAGAUUUGGCAAACUCAAAGAAAUGCAAUGAAGGAACAAAACUUCACAUUAACAAGACCAGGUUGCACCAUGCAGAGAAGAUGAUCAAAGGAGCUUUUGUUGAGCUCUAUAAGGGCUUGGGGUUUCUCAAAACUUACAGGCACUUGAACAUGCUUGCCUUUAUAAAGAUUUUGAAGAAGUUUGACAAAGUCACUGGAAAACAAGUUCUUCCCAUUUAUCUUAAAGUUGUGGAAAGUUCUUAUUUCAACAGCUCAGACAAGGUUAUAAAGCUAGCAGAUGAGGUAGAGGAGCUAUUUAUCAAAAACUUUGCUGAGGAAGACAAAAGGAAGGCCAUGAAAUACCUUAAACCGAAACAGCGUAAAGAGUCACAUGGCAUUACGUUCUUCGUCGGACUGUUCACUGGGUGUUUCCUUGCACUACUUGCUGGAUAUGUUAUCAUGGCUCAUAUCAUGGGGAUGUACAAAAGACACCCUUUCUCACUUUACAUGGAGACUGUAUAUCCAAUAUUUAGCAUGUUCAGCUUGAUGUUCUUACAUUUCUUCCUCUAUGGCUGCAACAUCUUUGCCUGGAGAAAGACUCGGAUAAAUUACAGCUUCAUUUUCGAGUUAUCGGCCACAAAGGAACUUAAAUACAGAGACGUGUUCUUGAUAUGUACCACUUCAAUGACUGCUGUCGUCGGUGUCAUGUUUGUUCAUUUGGCACUGCUUUCAAAAGGGUACUCUUAUACUCAAGUUCAAGUGAUCCCUGGCCUUCUCUUGCUGUUUUUCUUGCUGUUACUUGUGUGUCCCUUCAACGUUUACUAUCGAUCAAGCCGCUACCGUUUCCUCCGUGUGAUGAGAAAUAUAGCCUUUUCGCCUCUCUACAAGGUAGUGAUGUUGGACUUCUUCAUGGCAGAUCAGCUAUGUAGUCAGGUUCCGAUGCUGCGAAACCUCGAGUAUAUGGCCUGUUACUACAUAACAGGAAGCUACAGAACACAGAAUUACAACUACUGUAUGAAGGCCAAGCAUUACCGAGAUCUCGCUUAUGCAGUUUCGUUUCUACCUUACUACUGGAGAGCAAUGCAGUGUGCAAGGCGCUGGUUUGAUGAGGGAGAGACAAGCCACCUUGUCAAUCUAGGAAAGUAUGUGUCAGCAAUGUUGGCUGCAGGGGCCAAAGUGGCAUAUGAGAAAGACAAGGCCAAAGGAGUUGGAUGGUUAUGUCUUGUGGUGGUUAUGUCAAGUGGAGCAACUGUAUACCAAUUGUAUUGGGACUUUGUAAAGGAUUGGGGUUUGCUUCAAAUAAAUUCCAAAAAUCCAUGGCUUAGGAAUGAUCUAAUGCUUCGACGAAAGACCAUUUACUACUUCUCCAUGGGCUUGAACUUUAUUCUUAGGCUUGCCUGGUUGCAAACUGUUCUCCAUUCAACUUUUGGACACGUUGAUUCAAGAGUUACUGGACUGUUCUUAGCAGCUCUUGAAGUCAUAAGAAGAGGGCUGUGGAAUUUUUUCAGGUUGGAGAAUGAGCAUCUUAAUAAUGCUGGAAAAUUUAGAGCAGUUAAGCCAGUACCACUUCCAUUUGAUGAAAUUGAUGAGGUAGAUUGAUGCCUAUCAGCAACAGUCACUAACGGAAUUCGAAUCGACGUCAACCGACGAUUUCACGGAACAAAUGUUUUCCAGAAGAAUCUUAUUGUCCCCUUUCACCAUCAGCAAAGAAGCAACUUGAUCCUCAUUGCUUGUGGUUCAGUGGAAUUUGGGGACAGUUCAUACACUUGUAUACAAUUUUUUUUAUUUGACUAAUGAAAAGAAAAUCAUUCAAAAUUGCACAGUUGUGUCAACCAACUGUGACAAGAAUUUAUCAUGUUCUUCUCCAUCAUUAUUCACAAUUCAUCAUAUGAUUUUACAAGAA